AUGGCAACUAGUACUCCAGUUAACAUCCCCUCUAAAAUGAAGGCCUGGGUCUAUGGCCAACAUGGGAAACCCGAGGAUGUCCUUAAGUUGGAAUCUGAGGUUGAUGUUCCUGACGUAAAUGACGACCAGGUUUUGAUCAAAGUACUUGCUGCGUCCCUGAAUCCAAUAGACUUCAAACGCAUGGGUGGAUCAUUCAAGGCCACUGAUUCUCCUCUACCGACUGUUGCGGGAUAUGAUGUUGCGGCCGUGGUAGUUAGAGUUGGAAGCAAAGUGAAGGAAUUCAAGGUUGGGGAUGAAGUAUACGGGGACAUUCACGAGCAAGCCCACCACCCAAAGGAUUGUGGGUCACUGGCGGAGUACACUGCAGUGGAUGAGAAGGUACUAGCUCUGAAGCCCAAGAAUUUGAGUUUUGCCGAGGCAGCUAGUCUUCCUCUUGCAGUUCAAACAGCAUAUGGGGGCCUUGAAAGCGCUGGGCUUUCAGCUGGUAAAUCACUUCUUGUUCUUGGUGGUGCUGGUGGAGUUGGAUCUUUCAUCAUUCAGCUGGCAAAGCAUGUGUUUGGUGCAUCCAGAGUGGCAGCAACUUCCAGCGCUGGGAAACUGGAGUUACUUAAAACCGUAGGAGCUGAUUUGGCAAUCGACUACAAGAACAACAAGUAUGAAGAUUUGGAAGAGAAAUUUGAUGUGGUAUUUGAUACCGUUGGUGAGAGUAGUAGGGGUAUCAAGGCAGUAAAAGAAUGCGGAAGGGUGGAGACAAUCUGGCCGGCCGGGCCAGUGGUUCCCCCUACUUUCGUGUUUGUGGUCACUUCGACUGGCUCUGUCUUGAGCAAACUCAAUCCUUACUUAGAGGAGGGGAAGCUGAAGCCGGUGAUUGACCCUAAAGGGCCAUUCCCAUUCUCUAACGCCAUUGAAGCAUUUUCCCAUCUUCAAAGUGGCAGAGCUACCGGCAAGGUGGCCAUAUAUCCAAUUCCCUGA